AGUGGCUGGAACCCAAUUUCCGUGGUUCAACAUCCUUCGCUUGAGAUCUCGCACGUCAGUCUACUUGAAGUAAUAAGGCGUGAGAGAAGCAGUUGAUUGCUAGUUGUCGUCCCUUGAUUGUGUAAACUUCAAUUUGACGUGGACGAUAUUCAUCAACAAUCCAUCAUGUGGAAAUUCGCUAUUAUCUUGGCCUUCGCUAUCGCAAUGAACAUUCCUGUCUAUGCCGAAGAAACGGCGGAUGAAAUCGAACAUGACGAGGCCAUGGGCGAGUGCGGAACUUGCCGGAAAGAGGAAUGCCCACCCGCGACGGACUGCCGAGCCGGUUUUGUUUUAGACAAAUGCGGAUGUUGCAACGUCUGCGGCCGCAUCGAAGGAGAAAAGUGCGAUAAUUACACUCUACCGCUACCGUACAAGGAUUACUACGGGUUUUGCGGCGACAAUAUGGCUUGCCUACUUCGCAAUGAUCUUGAAGACAUGGACAUUAACGAGGCGUUAUGCUACUGUAAAAAACCGGGGGCGGUAUGCGGGACGGACCUUCGGACCUACGCCUCCGUGUGCAAACUCCGUCAGGAGGCCAUCCAGCGAGGGGACGACGAUGUGACAGUCAAGGAAUGGGGACCCUGCGAAACUCAACCGAUCAUUUCGUCCGCGCCGGAAAAUGUGACGGCCAACAUUCACGACGAUUUGGCGUUGAGCUGCGAAGCCCGCGGCUACCCAAUACCUUCUCUCAUUUGGGAAUUUGAAUCGGCCGCCACCGGCAAGAAAACCAAAUUGCCCGGGGACGAUCAAAUGAUUGCUUUGCAAGUUCGAGGAGGACCCGAGCCUUACAUGAUCUCUUCGUGGAUUCAAAUUCUUCGUGUACGCUCAACUGAUGCUGGAAUCUUCAGCUGCACGGUGGUCAGCAAAAAGGGUAUCGUUCGUGCCGAGGGUACGGUCACCGUUGCCAAGCGUGUGAAAAUCAAGAACCAACCGAAAACUGCAGCGCCAACGACUCCUGUUCCAGCUCCUCUGCCCGUCUCAACCGCUGCCAGCUAUAAUAACGGACCAAGGUUGAAUUUUAAGAAGAGCAAUCCGGGCAUCAAUAAAAAUAGAUCGGCACGCAAACAACCCGUCUACGAGCCAUCAGGAUAACAACAAACAGUUUAACAAACAAGGAUAACCGUCAGCGAACGAUUCCUCGAGUUUGACAAAGUGGCAGCGUUCGAAAGCUUCGGAAUACUUAACGAAAAACUUUUUUUUUUUUUAACUAUAUAACCUUAUUAAUACAUUGAUUAGCUUUAUUUUUCCUACUUAAACGUUUCAAACGGCUUCUUAUUCCUCAGGAGAAAUUUCCAAUCAACUUUUACCAAUUUCAACAGUCAGAUGUUUCCCUCUUGAAUUUCUUGCCUCCUCCCAAAAAUGAAAUCGUCUAAUAAUCAUAUAAUAUACAUUUGUAUCUCA